AUGUCUCUUUUAGGCCUUUUAGUUUGGGCUUACGCCUUGGUCUUUGUCAGUGGUUCUCCUGUCGAUAAUGGUGAUGAAUCGCUGGCGAAUAUCUUAAACACUUUCCAAAUUAUGGACGAUAAGGAUGUUACCGUUGCAAUUUCUCAUGCUUUAAAAGAAGCUUCUUUGACCAAUGAUACUUGUGGUGCUUGUACUGGUAGACUAGCUAUUGGUAAGUCUUUGUCCCUGGUGAGACCUGAUUUGGUUCCUGCAACUUUUGAAAAAUGGUGUAACGAUAACAAAUAUGCCUCUGAGAGUACUUGUGCCACCAACUACCAUAGAAACACUGUCGAAGCUAGUACUACUGGUAGUAACUUUGCCGAUAUGUUGCAAUUGAUGGAUCCUUACGGAUAUGAUGGCCAAUUGUACUGUUAUUACAAAGAUAGUGGUGCUUGUCCCAAGCCAAAGACUCCAAAUGUGAGUUUGUCGCACUUGUGGCCCGCAAAGCAGGAUAAGCACAAGGUUGCACCUGUUUCUAAUGGCAGUGAUACUUUCAACGUCUUACAUAUUUCUGAUUUUCAUAUCGAAUUGGAUUACACUGUUGGUGCUGAAGUCAACUGUUCCACUUCUAUGUGCUGCACUCCUCACUCUAUUAACGCGAAGAGCAAUGCUUCCGAUAGCAGUGCUUCAAAUUGGAACUCGUUUUACGACGGAUCCCACUACAUGGACUCUAACUUCAGUUUUGUCCGUGGUGACAAAUUGUCAAACCCAUUCCAAGGUGUCUCUAUACCAGCUCCUUCUUUUGGACACUACCACUGUGAUGCACCAGAGCUUUUGAUCAACUCUUCUUUGAACAAUGUCGUCGAUUUUGCUAAGAAACAAAAGCUAGACUUCGAAUUUGCAAUCUUCACUGGUGAUCUAGUCGAUCACGAUGAAAUCCGUUUCACUGACUACAAGAUGACUGUCAAAUCUGAACAGUACAUUAUGAGAGAUAUGAAGAGCCGUCUGGGUGACAUGCCAGUUUACCCAGUCUUAGGUAACCACGAUACUUUCCCAUACGGUGAGUUGGCUCAAGAAGGUUAUGGUUUUUCUAACAAGGAUUCCUGGAAUGCUGACAUGCUUGCAGAUAUUUACGAAGAUUACGGAUGGCUAGACCGCAAGCAAGCUGAUUACGCUAGGCACCAUUACACCGGUUUCUCCGUCAAUACUAAACAAGGCUUGAAGGUUAUCUCUUUGAACUCCAAUGCUUUCUACAAGAAGAAUCACUACUGUUAUUGGAACUCCACUAAUCCAGACUCCUUUGGCCAAUGGGAAUUCUUGAUUGACGAGUUGGUUGAAAGUGAAAAGAACGACCAAAGAGUCUGGAUCAUUACUCAUAUUCCACCAAUCAGUGACUCGUUACCAUUGCCAUCCAAGAUCUUUGGUGAAAUUGUCGAAAGAUUUAGUCCUUCCACUAUCGCAGGUAUAUUCUUCGGUCACACUCAUUUGGAUCAAUUCAACUUGUUGUAUGCAAAGGAUGUUAAAUCCAUCGACACUAUUGUUAACAUGGCCUGGAUUGGACAAGCCGUUACCCCAUGGGUCGAAAACAACCCAGCUUGGAGAUACUAUGAAGUUGAUUCUGAGACUUUCUCCAUCAUGAAUUCUUUCAACUAUUACUCUAAAUUGAACGAAACUUUUGCCAACGAAGGUCAAGAACCAGAAUGGUUGUUUGAGUACUCUGCAAGAGACGUCUACAACGUAACCUGGCCAUCUCAAGCUCCAUUGAAUGCUUCUUACUGGCAUUUGGUCGCUGAGAAGAUCAAAUCUGAUGUCAGUUACAGACAAUUAUACGAAAACUUGGCCAAGAGAUGGUCUCCAUACGUUCCAGACUGUUCGAAGGGUAAGAACUGUCAAACCGACUACUGUUUCCUAUCUACAUUUGUUACAGAUGAUUACGACAAGUGUGUAGCCCAGUUGAAGAGUAACUGA